CAAAAAAACAAAAAAUAAUAAGAUAAAAUUUCAAGAUCCAAAGAGAUGAAUACAAUGUGAGACUUUAAAAAUGAUAAAAGUACAUUUUUUAUAGUAAUAACAACAACCAACAACAACAACAACAAUAUCAUCAUCAAUAAAAAAGUGAUUAUCGUGAUUGUUUGAUUCGAAAAGUGUACCAUUUAUAGUCAUGAAAGAUCCAGUGACGCGAAUUUUCGCGUUUCUCCUUAUUAUUUUUUGGACCUUAUUAUUAAAGAGGAUAUCACCUUCUGCAGCACUUUAUUUUCCACAAUCAAAUUUAGUACUAAGAUUGCCAACCUUGACAAACAAUAGUGCAAAUUUUAGUUCCAAUUUGAAACUAUUGACACUGAGAACAUUGAGAAACGAUUCGACGAUACCGAAAAAAGCGAAAUAUCAAAUUUCUACGAGAAAUAAAAAGAUAUCAAAUCUCGACAAAAAUACCAAUACAAUUUGGUUAUCAAAUCUUCCAAACACGAACCUAUCCGACACCAUUAUCGUUCGAGCGAAGGAAAAUGAUAGCAACGAAGCAGUUAUGGAAAUAAAAAUACAACCAUUGCCAACCAAAGAAAAUCAAUUAAAUUGUGCUGAUUACGUACAGGACAUGUGUUUUUGGAAUACAUCUCGAUACAAAAUUUAUGAAAAUCAACCGAGGACUAUGCUCGGUUCAUUUGGACCAGAAAUUUAUAAUCAUAUUUGUCCACAUUUUCGUGUUACCGGAUACGAUUUAAUGAACGGCACAGAUUAUUUUCAAAUAAUAAAUAAUACACUUUAUACAAAUACUUCGUUGGAUCGUGAUACUCUUGAACCAGAGGGUGGUCCUGGACCACGAGCCGAUAUUUCAGUACGUUGCAUCGUUUAUGAGGAUACCGGAGAACAAUAUGUUUUGCUAAAUACCUUAAGUAUCGAGAUACUGGAUCAAGAUGAUAAUCCUCCUGUAAUACAAAAUAAUCUAACGUCCGUUAAUAUUACCGUACAAGAAUUUACCGCUGGCGAUAGAUUGGAUGAAAAUAAUGUACUUAUCAGGGAUUCCGACGAGAUAGACAGUAAUCAAUUUACUCUUACUAUUCUGGAAGAUGUUCAUAAUGCUCUAAACUUCACGUAUACCAUAGUGCCCAUCGAUCAUCCGUCACAUCCGGAACAUCCUGUAUAUACUUUUAUAUACACCAGAUUCCACGCGAAAACUACUCUACUACCGAAGUCACCUUAUACCGUUAUUCUUCGAGUUAAGGACGAAUCUCUUUUGCCAGAAUACGGAGAAAAUGAGGUAAAUGUUACGAUAUCAUUUUACGGUCCAGAACAUCGAAAAAUUACUCCGACAGCAGCAUCGAUUUCUCUGAAACAUCCGAUCAAUUAUCCCGAAAAUGUCAGAAUUGCUCGUGUCUCGCCUAGAUAUUAUCGUGUUGCACAACCGACAAGUCAAGUCAAUCCAAGAAUAUCUUUCAGUAUCCAUGGUUCGGAAGCUUUCAAUGUUACCGAAAAAGGUGGUAUUGUGCACGUGAUCGACACGAAUCUACUUAAAACUGCACCAUCCCUUAUACCUUUGAAAUUAGAAUUGCGAGUAGGUGAUCAAAUGAAAUCAUCCAUAACGAUAAAGGUUAAUUUGAUUGACGUGCAACCUACGAAGAUGGAGAUUUGCAAUGAAAUCGAAGGAAUCGUUCAUUCCUGUGCUAAUGCUGAAUCUCGUCAAGAUUGUGAAUUAAACUGUGGCGUUGGCGGUGGUAUUCUCAACAACGACACGUAUAUGGGACAUUGCAUAUGGCGUUUGAACAAUAGCAAUAUUUUGCCAAAUCAAAUGUCGGAACGUUAUGCAACAUGUUCGCCGAAUUUAAACUUUUGUCCUGAUUAUACUUGUGACGAAUUGGAACGACUUGAUCCUCGUAUUUGUCCACAGGAUUGUACUAUAGAAUCCGAAGUCCACUUCGCUGAAAUGAAUAAGGGUGGUCGUGGAAUAAAAAGUGGUUUAGGAAUAUGUUCCUGCAAUGAUAUGGUACAGUGUACUUGUGGUCCCGAAUCCUUUCGAAAGGAUAAUACUGGUGGUGGUGGUGGAGGUAGCCAAUUUACAAAAACCAAGGUUGGCAAAAACGAAACAAACGGAAAAUUACGAAGGGAUCGUGAUAAAAAUGAGGAACCUAUACCCGGUGCUAGAAAAGCUUCAACUGAAUCUUGCGGACCAAUUUGUAUAAUAAGUGUAUUUGGAGCUGCCACAUUCGUUAUACUUGUCAUCUUUGGUUUCUUUGUAACAUUGAAAUACAGGAAACAUUUGCACGAGUCAAGUGGAAUGUGUGUAUGCUCUGACAUAUGGAUACUUUAAGUGCUAAACGAAAGAUAAGUUACAAUCCACGUUAUAUUAUUAUGUGAAUAGGAUUAAUAUAAUCGUCUCAUUUUUUUAGUUUUAACUAAUUCCUAUCGUACAUGACAACAAAAGAUUAGUUUUAAAAAAUUUCCCCCAAAAAAAAAAGAAUAUUAUUGAUUUUUAUAUCCUAAUACCCCAACCCCAAACCUCUAUUC